UUUUAUCUUUACUUUGUUAUCUCUGUACGCUUCUUUUAUAAUUGUUUUAUUUUAUAUAGUUUCUCAGUAAGUGAAAUAUAUGUAUUUCUUUUGAGGAAUUAAUAAAGUCUCCAAAUUGAAAAUUGAAAACGACAUUGACUUUACUUGCACUCCAGCAAGAUGGACGAUAAAAGAGCUCUGUAUUUCAUGAGUGUCAAUUUUUAUUACUUGAAUUUAUUAAAUCUUUACCGAAUGAAGACAAAAAGAAAAUAAAGAAAAAGAAGAUGGUGGAUGAUACAAAUGCACAGGAAACGUACAAUCAACUCUAUGGAGGAGAUAUUCUCCGAUCUACUAGCUGAACCAAGCAAUCAAUUCCAGGAAUUCGUUCGAAUGUCAGCAUCUGAUUUCGAAUUGAUAUUAAGCAGAGUCGGACCUAUGAUAGAAAAACAAAACACUAAAUUUCGUCUCACAAUACCCGCCAAAGUUCGACUAGCAGUUACUUUACGAUAUUUAGCUACAGGAGAUAGCUACAGAAGCUUACAUUAUUUGUUCAAGAUGUCUCACUAAGUGAUUUCAAAUAUUGUAAGGGAAUGUUGUGCUGCUCUCAUAUUUGUAUUGAAGGACAUGAUCAGGUUACCUGAGAAUGAAAACGAAUGGCUGCAAAAGGAAUUUGAUUUUAGAGAUACAUUUCCUCAUUGUUUGGGAGCAAUCGAUGGUAAACAUGUUGUCAUGGUGUCACCAAUUGACAGUGGCUCUGAAUAUUUUAAUUACAAGCAUUCGUUUAGUAUUGUAUUGAUGGCCUUAGUGGAUCGCAAUUUUUGUUUCAUGUUUUGCGAUGUAGGCAACAAGGGCAGAAUCAGCGACGGUGGUGUAUUCAGAGAUUGUGUUUUAUUCGAAAAACUUCAGACAAAUUCCCUACAUUUACCACAACCUGAACCACUUUCUGAUGGCGAUGUGAAUAUGCCUUACGUUUUUGUUGCUGACAAUGCAUUUCCAUUGCACCCCAACAUAAUGAAACCUUUUCCCGGAGACCACCCCGAAGGAAGUAAGCAACGAAACUUUAAUCGUAAACUGUCUGCUGCUCGUAUUGUCGUGGAAAACGCAUUUGGUGUUAUGUCCGCACGCUUUCGCGUACUUAGAAAACCCAUAGCUCUACAGCCAAACGAAGCUUCAAGAGUCGUAUUGGCAUGUGCUUUAUUACAUAACUUUUUGAGAAAAAGUUCUGACUCGCGGCUAAUUUACACACCAUCGGGCUACACUGACACAAUUGUCAAUGGAGAAAUAAUAACUCCUGGAACUUGGAGAAAAUACAUUGGUAAUGGCGAAGGCGCUUUCAGGUCAAUGAAGAGUAUUGCACGCCGUUCAAUUUAACAGCAAUCCAGGUUAGGGAUAAAUUCGCAGAAUAUUGCAGGACUACAAAUAAUUUGUGAGAUGUCAAUAACAUAAAAUGAUAGCCAGGGGAUGCAA